AUGUACCGCAGACUCCCGCCAGCCGUCGUUGCGGUCGGCCGCAGAACGUUGAGCUCUUCUGCUGCCCGGCGUGGCUACGAAGACACGAUCAAGAACCUCGCACUCAGACCAGACUCAAAGGUUCUCUGCCAGGGAUUCACAGGAAAGACGGCCACUUUCCACAUCAAAGAGGCACUCGCAUAUGGCACAAACAUGGUCGGCGGUGUCUCUCCCAAAAAGGCGGGCACUACCCAUCUCGGCUUGCCCGUCUUUGGCAGCGCUGUAAAGGAGACUAAACCAGAUGCCACCGUGCUAUACGUUCCUCCACCUUCGUGUGCAGACGCCAUCAUUGACGCUAUCGAAAACGAAAUCCCACUCAUCGUCGCUAUCACCGAGGGCAUCCCACAACAAGACGAAAUCAGGGUCAUGAACGCCCUUAAAUCUCAAUCUAAAUCUCGUCUCGUCGGUCCCAACUGCCCAGGCAUCAUCAACCCGCUUGGCUGCAAAAUUGGCAUUCAACCUGGACAUAUUCACAAGCCGGGUUCAGUCGGCAUCGUUUCCCGGUCCGGUACCCUAACCUACGAAGCCGUCGCCCAAACCACGUCUGUCGGUCUCGGCCAAUCACUCUGCGUCGGCAUUGGUGGUGAUCCGUUCCCGGGUACGACACAUACCGACUGCGUCAAGCUCUUCCUAGAGGACGACAACACGAAGGGAAUCGUCCUGAUUGGUGAAAUUGGUGGAUCCAGCGAAGAGGAAGCCGCAGAGUACCUUGAAAAGUACAACAAGACGAGGAAGAACCCCAAGCCCGUCGUUGCUUUCAUUGCUGGUGCGAGCGCUCCCCCAGGACGCAGGAUGGGACACGCUGGAGCUAUCAUCUCUGGUGGAAAAGGGGCUGCCAGCGACAAAGUCAAGGCUCUGGAAAAGGCUGGUGUGAUUGUCAGUGACAGCCCAGCAAAACUUGGAAGUCUGCUUCUCAAGGCAAUGAAGGAUGCUGGUCUUGCAUAG